AAAAACAACAACCUAGACUAUCUCUUCAAAGGGAAAAAAAACCUAGCGCCUCUCUGCUGACUGCCUCUCUUCAUCACUCACCGUCUCACCAUCUCUGCUUCUCUGUCCUCGCACGGACGGCACUGUCGCACCUCGCCAGUCGCCACCAAACACGGAACACCGGCGACUGGUCGCCGCCUCACCGGUCAGCAGGAGUCCUCGUUGGUUCCUAAUCUCGUUCCCAGAUAUUUGGAGCCGCUGGCAAUCUCUUUGGAUAGAGAGAAAUGGUCACUGGUCCAAUUUCUGUUUCCCUCAUCUUAUAGUGGAUAGAACCUCAAUUUUGAAACAAGGCGGGGAAUCCCCAUCCCCGAAAAUGGAUUUCUACGCACGCUUGCUGUAAGUUUUGUUUUGUACAUUCGAUUCUGUGCAUAGACAGGUGAAAUUAAUGGCAAAUUCUAUAACCGACCCAAUGGAGUCGAGUUUGGACCCGCUAGCUUCGGGUGAGUCGGAACAGAUAUCAGGAACGUCGUUAUUUCACCGGAGAAUCGAGUUCCAUUUGGCCCGCAAAGCAUUCAAUGGAUUUGGGAAUGGCAGUGGAGGAUUUCGGCUGGAGACGCUGAACCCGAGUUCGAAUUCAGCUUCGGUGCCCGACAAAGCUCCUGGGCCGGGCAACCGUCCCUCGAAUAAGGGUAGCGGCAACGAUGGGGUAGACUUUGAUCCGGAGCUCAGCCUCAACAUGACAUUCAGGAAAAUUAUGAGAAUUGGCGCUGGCUUAGAGAAUCUUGGAAAUACUUGCUUUCUCAAUGCAGUCUUACAGUGUCUGACAUACACUGAACCUCUAGCAGCAUAUUUGGAAAGCGGGAAGCAUCAAAAUUCUUGUCGUAAAGCUGGGUUUUGUGCUUUAUGUGCCAUCCAGAGGCAUGUGAGUCGUGCUCUUCAGGCAACAGGGAGAAUUCUUGCGCCAAAAGAUCUUGUGUCCAACUUGCGCUGCAUAUCUCGGAAUUUCCGCAAUGCUAGACAGGAAGAUGCACAUGAGUAUAUGGUGAAUUUGCUAGAAUCAAUGCAUAAAUGCUGCUUACCUUCAGGAGUUCCCAGUGGGUCUCCUGGUGCUUAUGAGAAAAGCUUGGUCCAUAGAAUGUUUGGUGGCCGCCUUCGCAGUCGGGUGAAGUGCAUGCAGUGUUCCUACUGCUCUGACAAGUAUGAUCCCUUCUUAGAUCUAAGUUUAGAAAUAAACAAGGCAGAUUCUUUAUACAAGGCACUGGAACACUUCACUGCCUCAGAGUUGUUGGAUGGAGGUGAAAAGCAGUAUAGCUGUCAACAAUGUAAACAAAAAGUUAGGGCUCGUAAGCAGCUCUCUGUUGACAAGGCCCCUCAUGUCCUUACCAUUCACUUGAAGCGGUUUGGUUCACACGUACCUGGGCAGAAAAUUGAUAAGAAGAUUCACUAUGGUCCUGUUCUGGAUUUAAACCGUUUUAUGAGUAGUCCCCAUACGAGUGAUUUGAAAUAUACACUUUAUGCUGUACUAGUUCAUGCUGGCUGGUCCACUCAUUCUGGCCACUAUUACUGCUUUGUUCGCACUUCUAGUGGGAUGUGGUAUUCCCUUGAUGAUAAUCAGGUCUUCCAGGUGAACGAGAGAAAGGUGUUGGAGCAAAAGGCAUACAUGCUUUUCUAUGUUCGAGAUAGGAAAAGUGCUUUGCCUAAGAGGCAUGUUGAUGUUGCACAUAAAGACAGCAGUUUAAUAAAUGGUGUAGGAAUUAAAGAGCAUAAAUGUGGUUCAACAAAGGAAGCUUCAAUAGCUGCUGGAAUAUGUUCUCCUCCAACUGCUACAUUGGGUAAUGUGUCAGAUGGAACUCAUAAUAUUUGCAGAGUCCCAACAGCAAUGACGAGGCCUAGUGGUUGUGAUACAGAUGUUAGGAUGAAAGAUGUGAAUGCCCCAAUGCCUGUACUUUCUAAGAAUAGUACCGUGGAUAAAGAUUCAUGUGGCUCUAUUGUACUGCCGUUAAGCUGCAAUGAGGAUGUAAUCAAUGAAAAGGAUUCGAGUAACAACUCCAGUCACAAACCAGACGAUGACAGUAUACCUAAAAAAUCUUUAGCUAGGUGUAGCAAGGGAAAAAGUAUUUCUGGAAAGGUAUUUGAACUUGGUGAGCAAAAUCUGAAAGAGGCAGGCCAAUUAAAGUCCAAUCAGGAAUGUGGUGAUGAUACUCAGAUUCACAGUUUCUCCAAGGGAAAUGAGACAAGUGAGAUUGGAUCUGAUAUAUUAGUUACCCGAUCAGACCCUUUGAGGACAAGCAAGACCAUACCACUGAAAGCCAAUGGGAAGACCAAGCUGAAAGUUAGAAAGAAGCAGCCUUUCAAGUCACAUAUCACCAGCAUGCAUCUUAGUUCCAUCAUCUUUGGUAAUGCAUUAUAUGUGAGAAGGAAGAGAAAACAAAAACUUAGAAAACAUUGCAUUUCACACAUCAACAAUAGGAGGAGUUUGGAGUACUUGAAUGGGGAACGUGCCCCGCCAAGCAGCUUUGGUCCUACUUCUGAUGUAGAGGUCUACAAUUCGGGUGUAAAAGAUCAACUGGAGCAAGGUAGAAUGGUUAAUGAAGUACCUAAAGAGAGAGCAGGGAAUGUUGAAACUGUACUUAUGACUGAUAAGCAGCUUGUAAAAAUGACUAGCUCCACCUCAUUAGGGAAUAAAUUUGAUGUUGGAGAAACUAUUGGUUUCAAAGAUGUAAAGCAGAGUGGUCUGAUGAAAAUGCUCACCAGAGGAUUAGAGGAGACAACAGUCGUAAGUUGGGAUGGCAAACAAAUUUCUCCUUUGGACGUUACUGAACCAGGAAAUGAGUGUGUCAAAAUUGGCUACAUUGGGGAUGAAUGGGAUGAGCAUUAUGAUCAGGGUAAGAGGAAGAAGGUAAGGAGUUCCAAACUUGACUUUGGUGGCCAAAAUCCAUUCCAAGAAAUUGCAAGCAAAAAGGCAAAGAUGAAGAGAGCAAAGCUGGCCAAUCAACCGGUUCGUAUAUGACUUAGUUUAAAAGUGUGUCUAGACAUUCAUUCAUGGAGGAAACAUAUUCUGGAGGCUUAAGAAUCUAAAGGCCGGUGUCCACCCCACCCCAGUUUUGUAUGUUGGGGAUCGAGUUUCAAAACAUUCAUCAGUGUGUAGAGUUGGAGAGAUAUAUGAGCAUCUUGUCUGAGAAAUCGGCCAAAGAUUAUAUCUUCCUCCAGGCCAUUUUGCAGGUUCAUCUUUUGGUCUAAUUUUUGUUUUUUUUUU